UGUAAUUUUUAUCUCUAUAGAUUGAAAAAAAAAAAUUAUGCCAUCUUGUCCAAGAAUUGUCUUUCUGAUUGAUCAGAACCAAAGCAAUAUUGACAAAACUAAAAGAGUGCUGCAGAAUAUUCACUUAAGUUGCUUGCGUAUUUUGUCUUACUUUUCACAUGCGUUUCAUGAUGCAGAUGUGAAAGCCUCAGUUCUUUGGGGAUACAAAUUCUACAAUUCUGGCAAAAGCAAUGCUGGUUACAGAAGAUAUAAACAAUACCCCUUUCUUGAUUAUACUGUUGGCAAUUUUAAUAAAUUUGAGAAAGAAUUGUAUGAAAACCUCCUAAACUAUGAGGAGAUACAAGUUAACAAGAAAAAAUUACCAAAUGGGGAGCAGCUGAAAUCUACUUUGACAGACUUAUUAACUGAUUUUCAAUGGGACCGGCCAGAAUUGUUUUCACCAGCAAAAAAGACAUUAUAUAAUGAACAGAAGUUUGAUUUGGAUAUCAUGAAUAUUGUUUUUUUAUUUACUACAUGUCCCAACAAGAAUACGCAGAUUGAAAGUACUUACUUUAAUUCGACUUAUGAUGACGCCAAUAGUUUUAUCAAAUUUUUAUUCCCUGGUGUUUUGUACAACAAAUUUUUUAAACAAUCAAAGUUAACUUUAUGUUGGAUAGACACUGGUUUUUGUCUACAAUCUAAGGUAUCUGAGGAAUCACAUAACAUAUUAAAGGAAGGGUUAGAAUCUGUUCAUGGUUGUGUUAUUCCUAUUGAACACCUGUCAAUGUGGUGGCUACACUCAGAAAAUGUUGAGAAAAAGAAAUCUUUUGCAGAUUUUGUUGGUGUUACAUCUUUAAUGCGUGGUCUUUUGCCAAUUUCAUCUAAGGAAUAUAAUAUUGGUACUCAAUAUACAAAUUGCACAUUGUUGUUAAGUGAAGCAACAAGUUUGAGCAUUAUUCUGUGUUCUGUUACGAAUUUAAAGAACAAGAAAAAUGACAUUGUCGUUCAGUAUGUUAAAAUCAAAGACAGCAUUAAACGAAAAGAUUUAUCUCCUGAUAUGCUUUCAAGUAAAAAGAAGCCAUACUUUUACUUCCUUCAAAUGGACAAUGAUGCACAUACUGAUGAACUAAACACAAUACACCAAUCCUUGAAAUUAAAAAUGGCAAUGAAAAUUGAACUUUAUGCUUCAACUCAUUCUACUAUAUUACAAGGUGUUAUGAUACCUUGCACCAAACGCAUUGGCACUAUUGUGAUUGUGAACAAUGAUAAGAUGUUGUGUGAAGACAAUGAUAUCUCAGAGGACAACAAUGUUUCUGUUGAAAUUAGCAAAGUUGUGACACAGCAAGAAUAUGGCACCUCUUUAGCAAAUAUAUCCGACUCUUGGUUUUUCUAUAAUCCAAAUUUAGGAUUUUCAUCACCACUGAAGAAUACAAUAAGAAAAAUACACAGCUCUGGUAUUAAACAUGUUGAAGAGAAUGAAGAAAACUCAAGAGAUAUAGUCAAAUUCUUCAAAGAAAAGUUUGCAAAAGAAAAAGUUGAAAAAGAGCUUAAUGCAAAAACAAAAAGUAAAAUACGAACAAGAAAAUCAAAUCAAAUGAAAGGUAUGAGUUGGGCUCACUGGCGAUUAAUGGAGUAUAAGAAGAAAAUUGCUGACAAAGUACAAAAAUGGGAAAACAUCACCACUGCUGUUGUAAAAGAGAACAAAGAUGAAGUGAUAAAAGAAACAACCACAAAAGAAAUCGUCAUUCCAGAAUUUUCUUCAGAUGAAGAAUUGAAAACACAUGCAGUGAGUUCUUAUGAAGACCUUGUACAAAAGUCAUAUAUAUCUCACAGAGAAAUUGAAUUGUUGAUAAAGACUGUUUCUCAACACUUUAAUGGCGUGGCUUCGACUAAGAAUACUGUGAUGACUUUUUUAAAAGACAUUGUCGUCUAUUCUUCAAAUGAUAUUCGAGAGAAAUAUUCGAACAACAACAAAGACAAACUUGUUCAAGAGUACCUGCUACAGAUACACAUUCUUCUGGAAUUUGUUGCUAUGCAUCAAGAAGAAAAUGAAGACAAAGCGGAACUGACGAAACUCAUUGCUUCCUUUCUGCGUUGUGUAUCGUUUGAAGAAAACACGUUCUUCUUAAGAAAUCAUUUAAAGACAGUAAUCUUGCCAAAUUUUAUUGAUCGUAUACCAAACUUGUUGCGCGAUCUCUACGAUGAAAUGAUGUUGGAAGUUCCAAACGAAUUGAGAGGUGAGGAGGAGGUUGACAGUGAAGAUGGUACCUCACCUAUAAAACCUGUCCAACUUCCCAGUUCAGUAUCAUACUACAGCUCGGAUUCCUCCGUCGCCUCUUCUAUGCAAAGUGAAAGAAAACCAUUGAAAAGACAUCCAAGUAUCGUUGGUGAUAACUCCAAUAAAAAAUUGAUCAGUGUGCAAAUGAAGAAGAAAAGUAAUAACAAAAAGAAGAAGAAGGUGAAGAAAGAAAGAAAAGUUGUUGAGAACAACGUGAGUGAAGAGAAAGUGGUUCGCAGUCUAUUUGAUGAAGGUUUCUCUCUACCUGCAGUACCAGUAACACCCACUUACAAACGAAGACAUUCAGAAUCGACCAUACGAACUAAAGUUCCAAACACACCAGAAGGUAAACAAAUCAAUGAUAUGAUGUGGAAAAAGCAGGAUAGAGAAAGACGGCAUUCCAACAUCGACAAAAAGAUGAAGCCAAUCGAAGAAUCGCCACUUAAAGAACUGCAGUCACCGUGUAAGAAGCAGCGUUCGCUCUUUCAUCGUUCGAAAUCGUUUGGUUGCCACACAUCACCACGACGGUUUUAUGCAAUCAAACGGCAUCUGACAAUGACGACAAACAACCAUGACAAGUCCGAAAGUGGAUCCGAUAAUCUUUGGAAAUUUCAUGGAGACGAGGUUAAAUCGGAACCAAAAAGUGACGUAAGCACAACACCUAUUGAAAGAAAGUUAAAAAGAAGAAAUACUCUCUUAUCAAAUUUUACUGAUGAUCUAAAGUCGCCUGAAAAUAAACGGAUUUUGAACGAGAAGAAAGAUUCUGGAUUCGAGGCUUUGGAAUUUGUAAACGAGACAACCACGUGUCCGCGUAGAGGUAUAUUCUGCGCGCGCAACUCGUCUGAGACGAGCGGAACUAACACGCUUUCUUUCGAGUCGACGGAAUGUGUGACCCGACAACAUACGUUGAAGCGUCCUCUCAGUCCGGACAAGCGAUUGACGAAAAGAAUCCGGUUAGACGAAAACGACAAGGACGAAGAUUUGUUGAGUUUGGAUGACAAAACUCUAUCAUGCCAUCUCAAUGUACCAAACCGUUCACUUUUUGUUUCUGAGACAACCUCUGAUUGGUUAACGGAGAUUGAAAAGGAACAAAAAGCUAAUACGCCGAAGAGUUUAACAUUUCGCGAUGCUUUCCUAGAAUUAUCUAGAACUCCUGCGUCUUGCUCAAAAAACUCGCCAACAAUCGUAAAAGCUCUAGAACAAGCAAUAACUGUAUCGCCCUGUCUAUCAGCUAGCAGCCUGGAAUGCUUAGAAAACGCGCCGAUACUUUCGCCUGUUGAGACGAAACAAACUUUUCGCCGACGAAGAAUGUUGGCUCCGGAAUACGAAACACAGUAGGACACACGUAACCAUAAUAAGGAGAAAAUUUUACUAUAUUACGCCUGUUUACGCCGGCAUUUUACUUGCUUUAUUUUUAAAAUAGAACGGUCAAACUUUCCCAAACAAACACCUUAAAA